AUGUCCCCCAACAAGAUCAUGGCAAAGCCAUCACGAGGCAAAGGAUGGACAGACCCCGAGGUGCACGUGAUGCUUGAUGCUGUCGAAGUUCACCUGCCUUGGGGGCCAGCGCACUGGGACAUCAUUCGAGAGACGUACAACACGUCAAUUCAAGCGAACGACGGGUGGCCAGCACGCGACGUCGACAGCAUCCGGCGAAAGUUCAAGGUUCUUCGAAGUAUCCGCAAACCCACUGGCGACCCCAUGUGUCCACCCACCGUAACAAGAGCAAAGAGACUCCAACAAGCAAUCGAAGCAGCGAUGGGAGUCUGCGACUUGCCAUCUUGCGAGCAGCCCCCCAAUGAGGGCAACGACAGCGAAGGCGCUUCGGACGGUUAUGCUGCUCCCAUUGACGCGUUGGUUGAGUGCGAUGCGGUCGCCACUCAACGAACUGGGUUAUCGCCUGCAGAGUUGAUCGCCUUGGGAACGUUGCGUGGUGCAGAGCCUGCUAGGAGCGAAACUGCGGUUCGCCGUCGCAAUAUUGACGACAUGCUGAAUGCUUUGGCCGACAACAAAAUCGAGAAACAGCAACGCAUGGAAUCUGGUAUGCAUGGUGCUACAUUGAUUGACUUUGUUAUGAAAAUGGAGGAGCGUGAUGCAGCAUUCCGAACCCAGCAGCUUGAGAUGCAAGAACGACGCGAGAAAUUCGAUCAAUGUAUGCUAGCUGUAUUUACUAAAUUGCUUGAUAAGUAG